UGAAUGUAAAAUGAUCAGCUUGUUCGUAAACACAUGGGGUAAUGAAGCCAUCUAUACAGAAUUUUCCAAAUGGCUGAGGAACUAUAUGUCAUCAGGCGGUGACAGUGAUAGACAUCACGAGCAUCUUGGAGUUAGCCAGACUAAACAUGCUAAGAAGAAGAAGUCUAGGAGACCGAUAGAUCCUGAGGAUAUUACAGGAUCUAUUUCUUCUGCGCCAGAGCGCAUCAGCCAUGAUACUUAUUUAUUUGCUGUUCCGUUUGGUACAGCGGAUCCUCGGCAAUAUUAUCCUAAUUACCGUCGACCAGUCAGUGCUUCAGCUACUUCACAUCCAUUGCCUUCACGACGCUACGAGGACCUACCUUUAUAG